AUGUUAUUGCAUUGAAACAUGGCGAGCAAGAUGCUUAGUCCACAAAUCUCUCCUUCCGACUUUGAAGAUGAAGAAGAACUCCACUCUGUACCUGAAGACAUUAGGAACCAGACCCAAGUGAUGUUCUACGAGUACGUGGACAGUAGGUGUAGCCACGACAGAGACUUAUCCAAGGAACAGGCUUCCCUCCUUCACGAGUCAGCAUCUACUUGUAUAAGAAAAACUGACGUGGGUGGACAGGGCGAAGCAGCUGAAAGGAUUGCUAUCCUAUUAUGUGAAUACGGCGACAAGUUCCAAAAGGAAUUUGACAAUGAUCAAAACUUACAGAAACUAAUGACAGAAGGUACUAGUGACACUGAUACUGGGGAGCCUUCAACAUCCAGUGUCCUUGCACACGUUAGGAUUGUCGUGGAAAGGAUUUUUGGUGUCAACUCUAACGGAGAAAUAAUGGUCCAGAAUAUCACAUUUGGUAGGAUUGCAUCUUUAUUUUAUUACAUUUAUUCACUCUGCAAGAGGUUCUUAAAGAAUACAUUUGCUAACCACACUCUCAUGCAAACAAUGUGUGCCCUCGGUGGGUACCUUGUUGUAUCCCUGGUUAGAGUAAAGUUCUUCCAGUGGCUGAAAGAUCAAGGAGGAUGGGGCCAGGCUAUUGUUAACAUUUCUACGAGCAUUACGCUACCCACGUGGGGUAAUAAUGUAAUAUUGGCAGGUGGGGUCUUUCUUAUUGGUCUGUGGGCAUACAGGAUGUACAAAGGACUCUGAAAUCAACCAACAUACAUGCAUGCAUUUCAUACGUGUACAUUUCACUUUGUGAUUGUGUAAUUCUUUCAUCUCUUAUGAUUAGUUUAAAAGAUGUGGAGAGUAUAGUAGGCGAGUGGUUUCAAUUAGCACCUUGAUUAACUCCCACGCUUUUAAUAAAAAAGGUGUGGCUCAUCAUGCUGAGUGAGUGUGCGUCUGUGUUUACUGGAGAGAAGGAAACAGCUGACGCAUCUCUUCUCUCUCGCAAACUAAACGAGAAAUUCAUUCGAACAAUAAAUUAAAAUUCACUGUCUAUACCUCUCACUCUCCAGCUACCCCUUCCUUCAUAAAUGGCCGUGCGUAUUGAAAUAACAAAAGCUGCUUUCCGCCUGGACAUAGAGCUAGGCCAAGAGGACCCGCCAGUGGAGAAAGAGGACAUAACAGCAGUUACCAACGGGACACUCUCUUUCAUAGAAUCUAAAGUAUGCACGGAUGAAGAUCUGCCUGAUGGUGUAGAGAUAGCAGGCCAGAUACAUCCAACUGCUGGAAAGGAUGACGUUGGCUGGAAAGUCGGUAAAGAUUACGCCAAGUGGGGGGACGAGCUCUUUAAGGACCCUGCAAAAAAGCAAGAGCUCUUACAAAUAUUGCAGCCUCUGGUGGAAAGGGCUUUCAAAGAAGGCGGUCAUCUUCUUAAAAGAGCAAUGAAGGCCAUACUCUGUGACAGGUUUGGGCUUGUAAGUGAAAUCAGGAUAGAGAGGAUUGCCUCUCUCUUCAUGCUCUGCUGGAAUUUAUUCAAGACUGCAGUGAUUGCACACUCUGUUGUAAAAGCUUUUGAGGUCCUUGGGAAGAUACUCAAGCAUGUCAUACUCUUCCUACAGGAAACGAGAUUCUUUGAAAAACUAAGGGAAAUGGGAGGAUGGGUUGGUCUCCAGGAAUUGGUGAGGUCCUAUAGGCCAGCCAUUACCAUUACUUCAGUCAAGUAUCUGACUGUUGCUACCACAGCAGCCAUUGCUGGAGGACUGGCUGUAUAUCUGUACCUCAAGUAUAAGGAUUGAGGAAGGACGACCAAAGAAAAAUUAACGAAGGAUAAAUAAAUUAUUGUAAAAUAUCAUCUGUACCUAUGAUAUUCUCACUUAAUCAUUAUUAUUAUUAUUAUUUA